AUGCUGCUUUUCAAUUCGCUUGUUCUGCUUCUAUUCAUUCCGGCAGCCGUGCUUUCCCAGGAUGGAGCGCCCGUCGACUAUUCGGAGCGCAUGCCAAGUGGAGAAAACCGGAAGCCGACCUCUGGCGGUUUGUCGUCGGGACCGGAAGUGAAGAAACGCGAAGGGGACUUGCGGAUGGAGCCGUAUGGAGAAGCCUGGGUGGCGCACGUGCUGCAAAUCUGGGCCGUCUCCACGUUGCCGACCAUCAUCUUCUGCGUGUGGCGGCUGAUUGCGCGGAUUCGCGACCCGGAACGGCAGCGCCCGAUGCCCAAACAAAGUCAUUUGCUGAAA